AAAAGAUAGUUUUAUUUUAAUCCAAUAUUCUUCAGCUUUUAGCCAUGUCAACCCCGAGUGGAGGCCGAGGAGGAGAACUAAAAACUUGUUUGGAAGGGUGGGAGGAGACAUGAAAAUGUGCCCCCAGGAGAGCACCUCUUGUGACUUUGCAUUCUUGGGAAGAUGAGCGAGCACAGCUGUCGCAGGUAAGCGCUCUAGGCGCGGCGCAAAAGUUCUUCUCUUUCUCCUACUGCUCGGAUCUCCGCAAAAUUUCGAGCCCCCGAAAAGCAAAAAAGGCAGCAGCGAUCUCGAGAGCUUUCAGCACGACACCAGCUCGCCGCUCAAUGGCGAAGCUCCGCUUCAAGCUGUCGUCGUCGCAGCGUCACAGCAAGAGCACCAAGCUGCACGGUAAGAUGGCAGCCAGCCGUGCUUCUUCUCCUCCCUCCCAGCAGCGGCAGCAGCAGCAAGAUCAAGGCCUUCCUCGAAUUCCUUACAUUCGCUGCGGAUUCCUCCAAGGCAAGCCACCAAAGGUACUUCCCACCAGUACCGACGAGCAGCACAAGCUGCCCCAGUCCCCCGUCAACAGGAAAGCCGCGGACAUCACAUUCCCUGCCCGGCCUGGAGCCUCUGUUCCCGUUACUCCUCUUCCAAAGAAGUGGCUCACACUCGGCUGUGAUCCUUGCAAGCAGCACACGAGCCUGAUGCACGAAGAUUACAAGCUUUCGGUUGCUGCUAUCCACCGUCCGGAACUGUAUGACAAUGCUGGUAGCCGGGUGCGGCAAAGAAGGCGAAAGCAUCGAUCGAAGCUCGGCACCUCGUCGUCUUCUGUCACGCCUGUUACUUGUUCACCUGUUGCCGACGAAGCUCGAUUCCCAGCCUCUUCUUCCUCUCCAGCAGCAGUGCACAACCGAGAAGACUGGCAGCCGGAGAUGCGCUGGAAGGUGGUGGCCAGAUCUGAGAACAAAGUAGUUCAGAGACAGGUUGUCCUCCAGAAGAAGCUAUCCGUCUCGUCGUCGCUCAAGCAGCAGCAGCAGCAGCCGCAGCAGCAGGAAUCCAAGUUGAAGAAGAUGAUGAUGAGUGACGCCGGUUUUGCAACACUGGCCGAAAGUCCCAUAGCAAACUUCAAGCCCGGAACAGAAGAAGCCAUGUACAAACUGAUGACCACGUCUCCCGACCAGAGCAUGGAGAACGACACCUCUUACGCCUGGGAAAAGGAUCUGUCGCCGUUUGCAAGCGAGAGUAGCAUCUUCAACUCAUUCGACUCUCCCAACAAUCUCAACAGGUCCACUGGCAACAGGAUUUGUGUCUCUCCGCAGCACAGGAAAACUCUUAUGUCCUCGAGGUGCCUCGGCAGUAACAGCAGCGGCAGUAGCAGUGGUAGCGGCGUCUUCAAACUAGUGUCCCCUGGUAGUGAGCGAAGGCAGUCCCGGUUCCAUUGGUCAGUAUCACCACCACUGGCACCGGGUCAAUUCGAUGACCACCAAGCUUUUCACAACGAUCCGGAAGCUUUAUCUAAGUCGUGGGAAAGGUCCCGGUUUUGUCUAUCCGCUGAUGAAGAGGCAGGUGAACAAGGCGUCCAGGCACAUUACCACACUGAGCUUGAGAGUCCACCAAUCCACCUGAGCAUUGAAGAACAUGACACCAACAGGCUUAAAAGAACGGAGCGAAGUCAAGCAUUUACCAGCAGAGUAAUGGAGAGCUUUGCUGUCGAGAAAGCGUCGGUUAACCCUUACAGGGACUUCAGAGAAUCCAUGGUGGAGAUGAUCCUCAAAAAGGAUCUCUUCCACUACCGGGACCUUGAGGAGCUGCUCCGAACGUACUUGAUGCUCAAUAACGAGAAGUUUCACGAUCUCAUUAUCCGGGUGUUCACCGAUCUUUGGCACCAGCUCUACUCGAACAACAGCUCAUAGUUCUUAACCAGCCGCCUGCCAACUUCUUGGCAUGUACAAACGACGGAUCAAAAAAAUGUCAUUUCUGGUU